CCUGACGCUUCAUCAAACAGAGAACUCCAAUAUUAGACUUCUGAUACCUAAUCUCCCUCAUUUUUCUCUCUCUUCACAAUUCAUAAUUAUCAUCAAAAUACUCUCGAGAAGUUCACAUUACCAAAUCUUAAUAUUCAUUUAGUUUCUCACAGACAUUUAAUGAGAGGAGACUUCAAGCAAGUCAUCAUCCUAAUACAUAAGUGAUUAAAACCAAGAAAAGUAAUGAAUUAUCAAGAUCUUAUCUCACUUGAUGAGUGUGAGAAAAUUGUAAAGGCUUCAAAUAAAAGUGAUGAUGUGGAAAUCGUUAGCUAUCAUAUAUCGCAAUUUGGUGAUGGCUUUUCUGGCUUUUUAGGUGAAUAUUUUAUUCUUCUCAUCAAGUAUCAAUGUGGAAAUGGAUUGAAUAAUGAGCUGAAGGAAGGAAGCUUUUUCAUUAAGUCAUUGCCAACGAGUAAUGAAGAGAAACGUCGAAUUCUUACUCAAUGGGGAAUCUUUAGAAAGGAAGUGAUGAUUUUCGAGCAUUUAAUACCGAAACUUGUGAAAUAUUCAUCAAAAAAAUGGAGUCCACAUUGUUAUCUAGCACGUGACGACAUAAUGGUAUUCGAAAACCUUGAGCUCGCCGAUUACCGAACACUGCCACGACACAUUGAUCCAAGCAUCAAUCAUAUUAAAAUGGCUUUACGUACGUUGGCAUUAUUUCAAGCAUCAAGUAUUAUUUACGAGCGUCUUGAAUUACGACCGAACGGUGAAAUGUCAAUUGGGGAUGCGUAUAAGGAUAUGUUAUUUGAAACAUCAUAUAGCGAUGAUAAUCCGUGGUGCAUGACCAGUAUGAGGGCGGUAAAAACUGUCGCUCUUCACUAUACAAAAUAUGGCAUCGGAUCGAGUUUCGAGAAUGCGAUUCAAAUGGAAUUUAUGAUAAGAGCAAAGAAAAUAUUUGAGAUUCUCGACAGUCCCAUGCCUAAAAUACCGUACGUCCUUUGUCAUCGUGACUUAUGGCGCAAUAAUUUAAUGUAUCGUUUUGACAAUAAUGACUUUAAUGUGCCAUUGGACUGUAUUUUGAUUGACUUUCAAAUAGCUCGUUACUAUCCACUUGCACUCGAUGUAAUAAUUUGCAUUAUGCUUCCAUCAAUUGAAAUAACAUCCACGAAUAUUGAUGAAUGCAUAAAAUUUUAUUAUGAUCAAUUGUCAUGCGAAUUGAUGCAACACAAUGUGAAUAUUGAGAAUCUAAUGUCGCUACAUGAUUUCGAGGAUGCUUGCGAGAAAUUUAAAUUGAUGCCAUUGCUAAUGCAACCGAUGUUUUGUAGUCUAGCAAAUUUGCCUGUGGAAUACAUUCCAAAUUUAUUGAAAACUGACGAGGAGAAAUAUGUGAUGUUAAGUCAUAAAGAUCGUGACCCGGUGAUUUUUGAAUUUAUGGACACGGAUGAAUAUUACCGAAGCACAAUGGUCAAAACCACUGAGAGAUUGAUUGAGUAUUUAUUUGCUGAUGAAAUAGGAAAUUUAAACAGGAUGUUAAAGUGAAUUUGAACGUUUAUUAAAUAGUUUAAAUUUACAGUUCAAUUUUUAGUGCAUUUUUCUUAGGAAUGAAUGCGUUUAUGGGUCCACUUUGGCUGUCUGACUUUCUCGAGUUUUGGGAUUGAAAGCACUUGGAGAUUUCUGAUUUUCUUGCAAUAGACAUAAUUUACAUGCUAAUUUGUAGAUUUGCAGAUUUCUUGUUGUUUUUCUAAAAUCACUUUAGUUAAAAUAAGGGACCGUUCACUUAUGACGUCCAGAUGAGGGGGGGGGGGGGGGCUCAACGAGAAAAUAAUAAAUGACCGUUAAUUUCGAACGUCAUAAGUAAAUGUUCUUUCUUUUUGCAAUGAUAAAACUUAUUUUUACAUAACAUAACAAUAAAUUUUAAAUUUUCAAACACCGUUAAAUGCACUUAGUUCCUCCGUUUACUAUAAUGCAGCUGGGUAAAUCCGCGGACAAUAAAAAGCUUCAAAUUUUUGUUUUUCUCAAAUUUCUCUUCUAUUUGGUUAUUUAAGUGAUAUUUUAAUACCAAAACAUGCGUAUUUCCGACAAAUGUACAACUUUCGAUAACUUUGGCAUGAAAUAAAUCAUUAAUUAAAGAGAUAUUUUGAUUUUUCUGGCGUCAAUCUCUCCUGCAAUCGAAAUUAAUUUUCAGAAAAAAGCAAAAAUUUUCUUAAUUAUAAAUCUAGACAGCACCAGACUUGUUUUAUAGCAUUUCAAAUUUAAUUUUCUAUCAUAUUCUUUUAUCAGGUGUUAAAAAAAGUCACUUAAUUAAGAGAAAUUAAAGAAAAAAGCGUCAAUCUCUCCUGCAAGAACACUUUGUUGCAAAACAUCAGUUUAGAAUAUUUUUUCGUAACACACUAUAAAUUUUGAAAAGUUAUAAAACGUUAAGAUCAUAAUUAAUUGAAAUAUCUAAAUUAUGCAGUGACUUACAGCUUGAAUAAAGCUUUAUUAAC